UCAGGCGCCAAACCCUAAGUUUUUUCUUCCUUUCCCGUGUACCCAUUUCCCCUAUACUCAUUUCUUCAAUCUUUCUUUCUUUCUCUUCCUGGUCUCUCUCGGUCUAUCUCUCUCGUACUCUCUCGGUCUUUCCCGUAGACCUAUCUCUCUUAUCUUCUCUUUCCACCUUCAUUCUUUCACAGUCACUACAACCUCGACUCGGCAGCUGCCACCACCCUUCCUCCAGCUUCGACUAACUCCUAAUUUAUUCAUUCGCCAAACCCGUUCGAAUAUAGACUUGACCACUUCACAGUGUUUUCUAGCUAAAACAAAAAGAUGGGUGUAAAGAAAUUCGCGAAGAAGGGUUUAGGAGAAAUGGGGUUCAACGGCGGCGGUGGAGUUAUCAAUUGGUUCCCUGGUCACAAGGCCGCAACCUCCUGCGCCAUUCGCGAUCGACUCAAGCAAGCUGACCUUGUCGUUGAGGUCCGCGAUGCUCGAAUUCCCCUGUCGUCUGCCAACCAGGACCUUCAAUCUCACCUCUCCGCCAAACGACGCGUUAUUGCUCUCAAUAAGAAGGACCUUGCCAAUCCCAAUAUCAUGCCGGAAUGGGUUCGUCAUUUUGAAUCGUUCCAACAAGAUUGUAUUCCCAUAAAUGCACACAGUAAGACUUAUGUUAGGAAGCUUCUUGAGCUGGUGGAGUUUAAAUUGAAGGAAGCGAUUUUGAAAGAGCCAACUCUGCUUGUUAUGGUUGUUGGGGUUCCUAGUGUUGGAAAAUUUGCUUUGAUUAAUUCCAUUCAUCAAAUUGUGUUGUCUUACUUUCCUGUGCAAGGGAAGAAUAAGAGAGCAACAGUAGGUCCUCUGCCUGAUGUUACUCAAGAUAUUGCUGGUUUCAAGAUUGCUCAUCAGCCGAGCAUAUAUGUACUGGACACUCCAGGUGUACUAGUUCCAAGUAUCCCAGAUAUAGAGACAGGACUAAAGCUUGCUCUUGCACGGUUGAUUUCCUUCAUUGUUUUGGCCUUGAGCUCAUUGGGUAGUUUACUUCACUGGGUUUUGAUUGCCUGUGAAAUUUCUGUACAGGGGAAAUUGGUAGAUCCCCAGGGUAAAAAGAGCAAAGCAAGUUUACGGAAGCUUGAUGAGCAGCCUGAAUGGUUGAGGGGAGGAAAGCUGCGUGAUUAUCAACUUGAGGGUCUGAAUUUUCUUGUUAAUAGGUAUGUCAUUUUAUUUGGAACUAUUUUUCCAUGA